AUGAAAAUCAUAAAAUUUGUUUUGAUUUUUCUCUACUACUUGAGGACAGCACGCCCAGAGAUUAUUGCUUAUGAUUGCGCCGACCGAGCGACCGAAUUGACAAAAGUGUCUUUGCGUGCAGUAAAACCAUGCCAAGACCCGCGUAACUUUUCCGAGACCAACUUCAGACGAAUCCAGCUGGUACAAAAACGACAAUAUGUACCAAUUCACAUACUCACCUGUCAAGUUACUGUCCAACAACUCAUUGAUCAUUGCGGCAUGUAUAGUCAUCGCAGUACCGUAGCCGGAGGUUUUGGAAAAUUUAUUCAGCACAUAGAACCAGAACAAUGUCUGAAGGCUCACCGAUUCCGUCAGUUAGAUCUCCAAGGAAUGGGAGCUGGUGUUAUUUCCAAACUUAAUGUAAAUGGAACCACAGAAGAACUCUUCAAGGUUUUGCCGACGCCAAUGGUCGAUGCGAAGGUUGGUGUCGACGUACUAUACGAAGGAAACGCUACUCUCCUUGUAUUAAGUCGAAACCCACCUAAUAGAUACGUCGUUGUGGAAACCGAAGAUACAGUUUUUGCUUUAAAACUGACAAAGCCAGAAGAAAUUUGUGCUCAAAAGGCUUGGCUUACUUACAUGAUGGCUCAAGUACUAAGUAAACUCUUGUAUUUGGAGAUUGCAGUAAAAAGACAAAUGGCUGAUGUCAUCUACGACUCGAUUAUGAAGAGAUUUCAUUUGAGAGAGAAAAUAUUACAGAACAGAUUAGCAAUGGCAAAACAAUCGCCCGACGCAGUGGAUCACUAUGCUAUUACUCACAUCCUAGUUGAACAUGGAACCAAAGUAGAAUGUCAACCACUACUUCUGGUUAAUUUCAAGUUGGAAAAUAACUGGUUAGAAGUAACACCUGACCUAAAGCGCACCCCCGACGCUUUAGAAUUACAUGCCAAUGAUGAAGAAGACAAACUAUCAAUGCCAAGUAUUUCCAUCUCCCCUAUCAGUUCCAAUGGAAUUUAUUCCAAGGAAGACAUGGAAAGCUUCCAACAAACUCUCCUAUAUCCAAAUACCAGAAAAGCAGUAACUAAUCAAGUUGCCAGGAGGAUCAUGGCCCUCGAUAGCUCAGACCCUUAUUACAUGCCAAAUUUGUUCAGCAAAACCGAAUUUACCAAUUUAGCACAUUCCGCUGCUGAGGAAGUGUGGGGAUUUUUAUCCAAAAUGGGAAAUUUAUUUUCAAUUUGUGGGUUCCUAUACACCAUAGUUUGCGCCGUUAGUUAUUUGGCCAGCGUCGUAUCAAACUAUUUCACCAUCAAAGAAGCAACAGUUAACCAUCCACGACGCCGACGAUACCUUUUAGCCAGUCUGUGGAAUACUUUAGCUCAUACAUAUUUGUAUCAGUUAGCCAGCCAAAGAAGAGAUCGGGACGAAGAAGACCAGAAGAAUGAAUUGAAUCCAGUGUCAGUUAAUGCUACCGCCCCCCAGGAACAAUCAAGCAGUUCGUUUUAUCCAAUACUGCCGAAGUCUACCGCGCCGUGUAGUGAUCCCAACUGUAAAUUGAACAACGAAAAAAUUAAUCCGCGUGACCCAUAG